AUGAUCUUAUGGUCCUGGGGUCAUCUCUUAGUCUUCAAUCUACAUAAUCAGUUACGGAGCCGCGCAGAAGAUGCCAUCAACAAGCCAUGGAGACCGAUACCGAGAGGCAGAAUCAGUGAACAACAGACUGUAGAGCUCUUGUACUUCCUCUAUCCUCUUAUGGUCUGCAUGUCCGCAUGUGUGGGCGGCUUAAGAGUAUCCGUACUAGAGCUCGCUGCGUGCUUGUGGUACAAUGAGUUCAAGGGCAGCGCUGACCCACUCCUGAAGAAUCUUUUGAACGGAAUUGGGAUCACAUGUUUCAUGGCCGGCCCUCUCGAACUGCUUCUACAGGAUCCGGCAACAAGCAACAAUGGCAGACUUGGUCAAUGGAUUAUCAUACUUGCAGGUGCUAUAGUCAUGACAGUUCAUGUUCAAGACUUUCGAGACAUGCCUGGUGAUGGAGCUGCUGGGCGAGUAACCCUUCCUAUUGCAAUGGGUGAUACCAAUGCCAGAAUCCUUGCAGCUGUAUCAGCUGCUUGCUUCACAUAUAUUUCGUGUUGGCUUUGGGAGGCUAGAAUGGUGGAUUGUAGUGCUGCACUAGUUACAACAAUGAUGUUAGACAUAUCACUCUUUUUACAUCGAUCUCAGCGGUCAGACGACUUUUUGUGGAAGAAAUUAUGGUUCGUUUGGAUACUGAGUUUGUUUCUGAUGCCGGUUCUAAAAGUACACAUCUGA